ACUUGCUCGAAAGGUUUACCUUAUACGAACAGUGUUAGUAGGCUUAGUCGAGAUGAUUUAGUUUAAUUAAGAAGGUGGAAAAUAUUUGUGUGGUAAAGUAAGAUUAAGUAAGUUUCUUACCAUAAACCAAAGCGAAACAGGGGAGGUUUAAAUCACGUUUUAUGAGGUGUUUAGGAUGGAAUUCAGAUAAGCUGAGACAUACAGAGAAAAGCUGAUGAAACAGGACAGUCACUGUACUUUGUAGGUCCAGAGAACUGUCAUUUGCUUUCAGUUAAGAUCUGGUUCCAAAAUCGCUUGACUGUCCAGGGUGUUUCUGUUGUUGGUGUACUUGUUGAAAAUGAAAUGUUGUUAAGGGUAACAAGCCAGAAGGACAGGUACCUAUGGCAGCUUUGAGUUCGAAGUCCAUACAACACAGUCUCUCCCUCUCCUCUCUUUGUGCAGCUAGCCCCCCUGACUCUGCGCAGGGAAAGAGAGGUAAAAUCAGAGGAGAGAAGCCUUGAUGUUAGUCAUGGAACAGUUGACUUUCAACGAGAGAAAGAUAGGUCAGCUAGGGGUAGUCCAACGGCAAAAGAUGAUUUUUGGGAAGCUCUUCAGUCCAACUAUGACUACUUAAUGGAUGAUGAGCUAAUUACUACCUGCAGAGAAGCCAGUGGAGAGCUUGAUCAAGAUAACAAGGAAAUCUGGAGUUCUGUCACUUGGUCUUUCACAGAAUUCAUCCAACAGUUCAACCUUCUUCAUGAUGGGUUGCAUAAACUACAGUCUGCUGUUUCUGAAGUUGAGGAUGAGGAGAAAAGAUCUUUAGUUGUAAAGUCAGUGCAGGAAGAGCUCCAGAAGAAAGGCCUGAGGUUAAAACUGUUCAAUGAUCAAGCCCAGCAACUUGGUAAACGUUAUCCAAACAUGAAAGAUGAAGUCAGUCGUAGAGUGAAUCUCUUAAACAACAAGUGGGAAGCUGUUGAACAAGCAGUAAAUCCCCAUAAGCCUCAACAGUCACAAGAUGGGAUCUUUCAAGAGGUAGCUCAUCAGAUGAGAUGCUUAAGACGUUGGCUAAGAGAAGCAGAAGAUAAGCUUCAUUCGCCUGCUGUUAGUCUGAGAUGGAAGUUGCAAGAUGUUGAAAACAAGUACAGAGAACAGCAAGUGCUUCAGAAGGAAAUCGAAGCUCGGGGAAAAUACGUUUCGUCCCUGUUAAAGCUGUGUGAACGGUUGGGGGUGGGGCCGGCGGACGGGGUUCUCAUUUGGGACAAUCAACGAGUUCGAAGAGUAGCUUCAAAUCUAGAACACCGGUGGCAUGCCCUGUGGCUACGGUCUUUGGAGUGGCAGUGUGUUCUGGAGGAACUGAUUAACAAGUACAAAUCGGGGUUCGUGCCAACUGUUUCCUCGCUAACCCAGAGUGUUGUUGAGGAGCCAUUGAACAAAUAUCCACGUUUAUCUUUUGAGGGGGAUGAAAAUUUGUUCCAAACAUUCCUGAAUAUGGAGGAUCAAACAACUAAUAGUGAGCAUUCCAUGCAGUUGAAUCACCCAGAAGAAGGUGGUAAUGAUAAGGGUGUCAUGGUGGGUUGUACAGGGAUCCCUGAACUGAAGGCAGAAUGUGGUGGAAAUUUUCGCCAAUUUGAAAUUAUUCAAGAUGUUGGUUACUCCAGUGAGAGCUCUACACAUUUGUCUAAUGAUGAGAGACAGGAAUUUAUUAAAAUUUAUAGUUACAGUCCAGUACCUCAAGGUAUGUCCAAGUUAGAUAAUUUUUGUCAACAUUCCAUGCUUUCUCCAUUACCUCCACCCACUGAAGAUUCUGGUUUUAUCAGUCAUUCUUCUAAAGGUAAAAACAGUAAAGAUGUGACUUCUCUGGGUUUCGAGGUUGGCUUGUUAUACAGUACUCCUCCUGAGGGUUCAUGCCAGGUCAAAGAAGAGGGACCCAGAAAUGUCAAGACAGUUUGUGAUCAUAUGUUUCAAUUAGGAAAGAUGGAGAUAUGCCAUAACUUGAGCUCUUCCAUCAUCAGUACUCAUACUUCAGGUUCCAGUAACUCUGCUCAGCUUGUUGACCAGAAGGCAAUGUUCCUAUCAACAUCUAGUCCUGAAAUGAACAGGGAUGCUAUUAGAGAUCCUGUGGUCAACUCUGAAAACAUGAUCACAGAACCAUCUCAGAUGAUUAACAAAUCUGAUAAGGUUCAUGACUGGCUAAAGCAGUGUAAGACAGAAGAAGGUGUAGAGGUUAUGUCAGAGGAUUCAAGUUGUGGAGAGUCUGUAACUAAUCCUCAAGCCAGUGUUGACAGCUCCUGUGAUGCUAGUGGAGAAUGUACCACAAAUGAUUCUGAUAGUGAAGAAUCUGUUGGGUCCAGUGAAAUGAAUUGUAGUUUGGCUCUUAGCAGAUCUGGUACAGGGAGUGUAGAAACGGUGGUACAAGCACAGCAUGAGGAGUUAUUUGAUUGGCAGAAUCAUACAGGUAGUGUAGAUGUUUCGCCUAAAGCCUUGAGAAGGAAGAAACGAUCAACUAAGAUUCGACCAAGGAGUGUAACUGAGUCUGACCAAGGAGGUAUUUGGAACUUUUCAACAUUUUCCAUAAAAACUACAUCAGAAGGAGCACUUAAUACGAUGGCCUCUCCAGUUAAGAUAGCAAAACAUUUUAGAUCAGUAGAUGAAGAGCACACACCAUUAAGUAAAAGAAAACACCAACACCACAAUUGGGAUAGUUCUUCCCCCAUAUUUCACCAAUCUGAUUCAGGGUCAGAUAGCUUCUCACCCAGUUCAAAACAUGCAGGAAGUGGAAGUUCCUGCUUUCAUAGCAGUCGACAACAAAAGUCCACUAGCCAGAAUAGUAAUAGGUGUGAAAGUAGUCAUAACAAAUUUAGGAACUCUUCAAACUGUCGUCGGCGAUCUUCGUAUUCCUCUAAAACUUCUAAGUCAUCUAAAGCUGGUAGUGGGUCAUCAAGCUCAGAACUGAAACAAAUUUAUGCUUGUGCUGGCCUCAUCCUGAGUAACAUGGACUCUGACAGUUCCCUUACCACCAAUCAAGAUGAAGAACAGCUGAAAUUCUGUGAAAGUGAAGUAAGCCUUCGGAACAUUCCAACUGAAGAUCAGGGUUCUCAGUCAGAUCAAGUAUGGGAUAAUUUUCAGGAACCUGAAUAUCUAAGUGAGCCCUACUCUGAGUCCAAUGCUGAGGAUGCUAUAAAAAAGCUGGAAGGUUAUGGAGAUGACUACCAUGCUUUUCUGGGUUGCCAGUCAGACAGUUCUUCCAGGAGUGAAAUCAUGACCCACAGCCAAACAAAGUUGAUCCCAAGAUCAUCACAUCAGUGUCUAAGCAGUAAUACUUUAUCACUGGAGAGCUUUCCACCUGUAGACAUGGAAUCUGACUCUGACAUAGAUGACUUCCAUCACAUUUUAGAAGAAAGUGAAAAGGCCCUGAAUAUCUCAAGCAAACAUUUCCAGUGCUGUACCUUAAAGGAUUCUUCUAUUCCAGAUGCACAAUUUUCCGAGCUGAUAGUCACUUGCCAGACUUAUCUCAGAUCUCUGCGUGAGAUAGAAGAAAACAUGGAUGCUAGUAGUCAUCACUAUCACAUGCUUCCUCCUGAUGAUCUUGAGCGACUGAAAGGUCAUGUAAAACAGUGGAAGAAGUUCCGUUAUCAGUUACUCAAACAUCAACCCCAGGAACAGAAAGUAAUGAAGGAAUUAGAAAAGCUGAGAAUGAAACUCAACAACCUUUCAGUGACAACAAACCAAUUUAACCAACCUAGUUCUCUGGCAGACUUGGAGGAAAGGAUUGAGUCGUUACAGACAUUACUGUCAACACUACAUGACACUAAAAACACACUUUUGGAGGUAAACUUGCAAGUACAUCGACUGGUUACAGAGUCAGGUUUGGCAUCAUCCCCCUUGAAAGAGGAUGUUACAGCACUGUACCAGUUGUGGGAUGAUGUUUAUGAACUGACUGGUAGUCAGCUGACUGAGCUGCAGAAUUUAAAGCAAAGAUGGAGCAACAGAGGCAACCAAGAUGAACCUCUAAAGGAGUGUUCUUCACAUCUUAAUGACACAGUACUACAUCUGGAACAAUCUGAAACCAAGGUUUUGUUCAAAGAAAUGAAAGGUCAAGAUGAGAGAUCGGUGAGUAUUCCUCAGAGUCCUCCAGUUGAAAGCCAAUCAGACAUUGGAGGCUACCAGAAGAUUAAUACAGAAGAAAAGGGAAUAUGGGUAACUGAGGUCAUGCCUCUAUCACCAACCUUUAGAUCUGUGGCUACUUCUCCAGAUCCGAGCUUAGAGACAUCCCCAUUCGUUACAAAGUGUAGAGCAGGCCAAACUCCCUUUUGGAGAAGAGUCAUGCGAUUUGCGGUCCCCAUCCAGGUGGCUCUGGUUUUUUUAUGCUGUGUGGCUUGCUUGUUGGAACCUCACUGCUGUGACAUCCAGAACAACUUCAGAUUCUCACUGUCACCACAGUUGAGAUACAUCCGUGGACCUCCUCCCGUGUGAGGAAACAAACCAAGGUUUUUACAUUUGAUAACCAAGGUUUAAAUUUAGGUCUAUAUGCAUCAGCACCCUCCCUCUCCUGUAGAAGUAUUGGGUGGGGUUACCAUGUGUAGUCCAAUUGUACUACACACGUAUAGGAUAACAACCUUCCCCUGACUUCUGGGAUGGAAUGGGUUGUCCAUCUAUUCAGGCCACUAUGAUAUCUUUAAAGAAAGCUGGCAGAGAAAAUUUUGUAGUGCAUGAGAGCUGUGGAUAGUCAUUCGUGCAUGUUCCUUUGUUUUGAAAAAUCAUAGGAAAAUUCAGUGUUACUGUAACUUGAGUGUCUCAGUAGAUACGAAUGAAUGAAUAGUACUUAUAAUGUUACAUGAGUUUCAUUUUAAUUGUCCAUCACAUCAAGCUAUUGAAGUUAUCUUGCAUUUAAGUUGAAUCUAUUACUACUUAAGAUUUAGGUUAUGGAGAUAAAAUAAUUUGCAAAUUUUUGGUUUAAUUUUCACCAAAACAUGGAUAAAUUAACUAGUGUUAAAUUGGAACAAGUGACUUAAAUUUGAGAUGUUAAAAUCUGAAUAAGUAAAAAUAUGUGAAUGGUGAAUGUUAUAAAACGUAACUGAUAUAUUAUAAGUUUUCCUUUUUUUUACACCUUUACCUGUUACAAAAAUCACUUAUGAAGAUCAGUAUUACAAGUCUUUUUAUAUAUAUAUAUAUAUAGGUUAAAAUUAUAAAAGUUACUUUAUCUACUUUUGUCAUAUGGUUCUUUGCUAAGGCUGACUCAUCAUGUAACUGAAAAAGUGCUAGUAAAGACCACGUACUGAACAAACCAGUUAUGUGGUGAGAUUUGUAUUCAUAUAUAUUUUUCUGAAGAAAAUUGUAAGCCAAACAACUGCAGCUAAGGAAAAUUCUGUGUUUUCGGUAAGAUGAGAAGAUGUAGAUGGAGGUAAUUAAGAUCUCUGCAGAAAACAGUAUUGAGUUUUAAGUUUUGAUAGAUAACUAUGGUGCAUAUAAUUAAAGCACAAAAUAUAGGACUGUACAUUCAUUAUUUUGCUUUACUUGUUUAUAUAAACUUUAUGCAAAAAGCCUGAAUUUUAGUGGUAUGUCCACUAUACUAUUAUUACUUAAAAUGAGUUGGUAAGAAACAUGGUGCUUCAUAAACCAUUUAAGUGUAAAAGUGGUUGAAUGAUUACCAGUUUUACAGUGAAAAUUACUGCAAGUAGUUAUUUUCACAUGAGAAUAAAUUAAAGAAGUGUAGAAAGAGAUUUAAAAAAAUAAUUUUUCAAUAGAAAUUAAACAAUAAGAAAUGUAAGGACAAUUGGAAUAAAUGAAGUUUUAAUAGUUUAAUAUGUGUUUUUCAUACAUUUUCAUUGUGUUUUGUUGCACUUAGGUAUUUUUUUCCCAAAAUUGUUAGUAACAUUUGCCUAGUGUUUUUUUUACAGCUGUUCUUUAUAUUGAAGAAUUACAUGCUUAUAAAAUUUAUUUUUAAUUUAUGUUUGUUUUGUGAUCUGAUAUGAAUGUUUUUUAGAUAAAUCUGUGUACAAAAACCCUCUUGAUUUCAUUUUGCACAAGACACGGAAAAAUUAGUAAUUAAAAUAUGUAGUCAUUAGGGUUAACUAUUAAUCGAUGUAUGUCGUGUUAUUAUGGUUUAACAGAUAAACAUGUUGUGAGACUAGCUGUGUAUAGAUACCAUAAGAAUUAUGUUCUGAUUGAUUAGCAGUUGAUGAUCAACUCUGAUGCUCAUAUUAGCUGGUAAUCAAAUUUUUGAUUAAGGCUAACAACGUAAAAUGUGCUUAGAGGGGGGCUUGUGAAUUAUCAUGGCUGUUUGAAUUAUGUGCCGAAACUUUUUCCCUCAAAAAGUAUACCCUAAGAAGAUUGUCAUUAUGAAAAUUCACUAUCAGUUCAGCCACUUGAUGGGUGCCAAAAAUUAGCACAUAACUGAGAGUUUUUAGAGGACUAGACAUCGAUAAAUCUGUUACCCAUUUUAAUUAUGUGCACAUUACAUAUUACCAAAAGGAUUAUAAAUCAUCAAUGAAAGUGAUGAAGAUGUGUGGAGAAGCUUUAGUGCGCUGUAUGCAAUAACAGAAACUAUUAACAAAGUUUCUGAUAGGAAGAGCUUCCUCAGAGAUUAGCUGUCAUUGUAACUAGGGUAAAAUGUUUACCUGUCCUUAGAAACUGCAUUCAAAACUAAACUCGUGUGUUUGAAUAGGUUUCAAGUUAAAAUGUAGAUAACUUCUGUAGAAAUAAAUAAGUUCUCCUGUAAGUGUGUUAAAGGAACAUGAUAAGCAUCCUGAAAAUUCUGCCUGUUCUACAGAUAUCUGUUCAGUUAGAGUGGUUCACAGAAAACCUGAUGCUGUGAAGCAUGUGGUUAUUUUACUCUCUACUAACCUGUUGUUAAUGUUAUAUAUAUAAACUUAGGUAUAAAGCAUUGCAGUAACAUCUCUGCUGCCCAUAAAUUGCUUAUGUUAUAUAUCACACCAGCCAACAAUAUGUGAAUUGUGUAGCUUUUGCAGUAUAAUUCAUGUUACAUAUAUAGAUUAACAUGUCUGUUGUUAUUUAACUUGCAUUUAUAUUAGUCAAGUUACAACAUUUGAUGUUAAAACUUGUCAAUAAGUUAUCCACCAAUAUAGGCAUCUGUCAGUAUAUAAAAAGGCAGUUUCAGUUGUGGACCAUAUUUAAUUUUUUUCUAGAAUCAUUUUAAAAUGUUUCAUUUUAUUUCAGUUUGCUUAUUUUGUUUUAAUGUACAUCAAUACUACAUCUGUAGUUUCUAGCUGGGUGUGGCCUAAUGGUUAGCAUGCCAGAUUGUGAAUCCAAGGGUCCAUGGUUCAUGUUCUAUUACUGCAAAAUCAUGCUCCAAAUUUUGGAGCCAUGGGUGCUUUUGAUUAGAGUUGACAGUGGGUGCUGUAUACUAGGUGAACUUCCCUCUAAUCUAUCAGUUCAAAAUUAUGGACAGUUAGUCCUUGUGUAGCUCUCUACUAAUUUUAAAAACAAAACUGUAGUUUUUAAGUAGAAUCACUUACUUACCCCUUAAGAUGAUAAAACAUUUGCACUAGCAUAAUUUACUUUUAUUGGUGUUUAAACAAAGAUUUAGCUAAUUAUGGAACUUUGUUUAACUAAAUAGAUAAGAUCAGUAGAAAAAAGAAGUGUAAUACAUACAGAGGGAGUUAUUAUAACUGCUUUGUACUUGGUUUACAAGAGUAUUUAUGUAUACAAUAUGCUAGACUUCUUGUGGCAUAGGAAGUGAAUUGUUAUCCAUAAAAUUAUCCACAUGGUAAAGUUGAUAUUUUGGUUGCAUACUCCCAUUAUGCCACUCAAUUUGCUUGUUAAUUUAGAUUUUCCUGUUUCUCAACAAUGCCUUUAACAAACAAAAAUAUUCUUUACUUGUGAACUUUUAAAGUUAAACAGUUUCCCCUGUUAAAAAAGCAUCAUAAAAUGAUAUGUCAGUUUUUGUGUGCCAUCUUUAUAUUAUUGUGUUGUCCAAACUAACUGUUUAGAUGUCAUUUCUGAUGUUUUAAAUCUAUGCUAAAAUAUCUACAACUAUUUAGAUUGUUUUGAUUGUUUUAUAUUUUUAAAUAGCAUGUUGUUUAAUUCAACAUCAAAAAUUAAAAAAAUAGUUUUAUAAUCAGUUUUAUUCAUGUGUGUGUGUGGAACAGUGUCAUAUUAUCCAAGAAUCUUGAUAAACAAUACUUCAUAAUUUUCAACUACUAUUUUAAUGUGUAUUUUAAUUGCACAUAACACCAGGACAUACUUUAAAUUACACUGCAUAAUUACCAUGAUGAAAAGUGAGUUUUUUGAGAGGAAUAACAAAAGUUAUUUUUUAAUACAUGUGAUAUUCAUGGAAUUUGUGAUGACUUUAAUAGCCAGCCUUUCAACAGUCAAUCAAAAAUUCUCAAAUCAUGCAUCAUUGCAGUAGCUUUGGAUUUACGUUGUCAUUUCUUUUUUAUUCAAGCCUAAAAGAUGUAUCUAAUGUAUGCAUGUUGGAAACUAAGCCAGUUGUAAUGGUAAACCAUGAAAUAACUGUAAAGAUGGAAUUGAGUUUCUAAAUUUAAAAAUGUUUCAAAACGUGAACUUGGAAUAUAAACAUAUUUUAAAGAGUUAUAGAUUUAUUUUUGCUGUUCUCUCUGUGUACAAAGAAAAUAGGCGAUGCAGGAAUGAUCCUAAGUCUUCUUUUUGCUAAAAAUGUCCAUUUUGUGUUGCACUUUUUUUAAUAUCCUAUUUAGUGCCAGCUAUUGUUGCCAAUACUAAUAUCUUGCUAACUUAGCCAAAAGUUACUACCAUCUCUGGUUUCCAAUUUAUCUCUACACUCCUUAUUGUGUAUUUUGUACAGAUCUUUCAGAAAUGUGUCAGUGAAGGGGAUAAAGGUAAUUAUAGUUUUAUCAGAAACAGUUUUGAGCAUUUUUGGACAUAUACAUAUACAUGGUGAGGCAGAAGUUACUAUACAUUUGUUGUGGUUGGUGAUUGUAUGGUUGGUACUGAAGAAAAUAUUACAUGCACAGUUAAAACCAACUUAUUAUUGUUUUUUCAGAAUAAUAGUUAGAAAGUAAACAACUGUAUAGUCACUUUUGCUCCACACUGCUGUACAUGUGUGUGUUAUUAUUUGAAAUCACAGUUUUCUGAUAUAGUAAUAGAAACAUUUUUUUUAAGUAUGACACAAUGCUUAAAUAAUAUUUUAAUCACUAAACUAUAGGGUAGUUUGAUGAAUUUCACAAUAAAACUUGAUAAAUCAAAAUAACUCAUUAUAUGCUUAAUUGAUCAGGCAUAUAUAUAUAGAAAAAUACUAGAUAAGAAACAAAAUGUUUGAUUAAUUUAUGAAUCUGUUAGGUAAUUAUUAUUAUUCACAUUAUUCAUCAAAUGGAAAUCUGAAUUCAAAUGUAUAAGCUUGAUUCAUAAUUAAGUUUUUAAAAUAUCCUACACUACAGAUCUAAAUCUCCCAUAUUUUAAACUAAACCUCUCAAAUUUUUCUGUUUAAUAAUACCUUUAUAGUUUUAGCUUUCCAUUCUUCCAAGAAUUAAUUUAAUAAUGUAUGGAAUGGAAAAACAAGGAAAGAACAAAGUAAAAGAAAUCUAUAUCGAUUAUAUAAUUAAUUAUAAAGUAAACUUUAAACUGAAUUAUAAUGCACAGGCUACUUUCAGUUUUUUCCAGCAAACUGUAUUUUUUAAAAAGGCUCAAUUAUAGUUUAUCAUAAGUUGUAGACAUCACUAAUAUUUUUCAAGAUGUCUUCAGACAUCAUUUUUAUGAAGUUGAGAGAGAAGUAUCUUGUAAUUGAAAUGGAAGCUGAUACAACAGUUGACAAUCUUUAUGAUCUAUUUCAGUUGUACAAGGGUUAAUACAACUAAGCAACCUCAUAAUUACACUUUCUCUAAGAUAACUUUUUUUUAGCAAAAGUGUUAAAAUAAAAUUUUCCUCCAUUCAACUUUAAAUAUGAUAAGAUUUGCUAUUAAUUUGAAGUAGUUCUGCUCCAUCUGAAACCUUUGAUUUGAAGUUUUGACUUAUAUUUCAUCAGGGUAAUUAUGCAGUUUUCUUGUUCAAACUAAACCACAGACUUCCUUUUAGUUGAACCGUAACCAAACUCAGAUUGCUUAACUUGGAGGAUAAACUUCCACUGUGUCUGCCAUAUUCCAGCUGGUCUGAAGGUUUCAUUGGCUUUGUAUAUGGCAAAUAUGGUAUAGUUCUUUACUUUUACUCAGAAGUCAUUAUUAAUAAUUAUGAGUCAACUGGUAUGUGUUUUUCAAAAGGCACAGAGAAUUUCAUUCUUAACAUUUUUAGAUUAAAAGCCAUAUUUUUAUUAACCCUUUAUUUUGUUAUUGAUAGUUUAAUAGUAUUAAUUUUAAGUUUCUCUAGUGUAUGGUAGUCCAAAUACAAGUAACAGUGUUCACAUGUUUACAUUAAGUUAUUUUACAUGAAUGCCACUCUUAAGGUUUUGGCUGAGAUCAAGAUAGUAUACCAACAUUUUAUUUUCUUUGGUUUUUUAAACUUAAGAGUAAAAUAUAUUAUUAAAAGUGUAAUUUUAGGACAUUUAAGACGCAUGCUAAAUAUUUUGUGGAGAACAUAACACGAAUUCUAGAACUGAAAUUGAAUGUCUGUUAGAAAUUCUUACAAAAUUUUGGUGUAAUUUAUAAUAUUUGCAACAUAUUGAAAUGUGUGAAGAAUACUUAAGAGAUGGGAUUUGUUUUUUAUGACAUAGCUACGAAUUUUGGUGAAAAUGUGUACAAAACAUUGCAAUUUAAUUUGGAAAUGUAUAAGAUAUAUUCAAUACAUGAUAUGUAAUAGUUAAUGGAGAUUUAAUAAUUUAAAUUGGAAAUAGCUAAAGUGAGUGCAGUACAAGUUAAUGGAGAUUUAAGAAUUUAAAUUGGAAAUAGCUAAGGGGAGUGCACUACAAGCUAUAUUUAUUAUUAAGGAAGAUGUCAAAAUUUAAAUUGGAAAUAGCUAAAGUGAGUGCAGUACAAGUUAAUGGAGAUUUAAUAAUUUAAAUUGGAAAUAGCUAAGGUGAGUGCACUACAAGCUAUAUUUAUUAUUAAGGAACAUGUCAAAAUUUAAAUUGGAAAUAGCUAAGGUUAGUGCAGUACAAGUUAAUGGAGAUUUAAGAAUUUAAAUUGGAAGUAGCUAAGGUGAAUGCAAUACAAGCUAUAUGUAUUGUUAAAGAAGAUACCAGAAUUAAUACUGGAAAAAGCUGAGGUGAGUGCAGUACAAGUUACAUGUAUUGUUAAGGAAGAUGUCAAAAUUUUCAUUGGAAAUAUCUGAGGUGAGUGCAGUACAAGUUACAUGUAUUGUUAAGGGAGAUGCAAGAAUUUAAACUGGGAAUAUGAUGAGCUACCUAACAGUUCAUGAAGAAUCAAUGGAAGUUGUAAGAAUGAGUGGUGUAAGUAAGCCAGCUUGUGUAAAAUUUUGUUGGACUUGCAGAGAGCCUUUAGGCAUGCAUUAGUAAAUUCAACUGUAAAAUUUGAGACAGGAAUUGUUAUAUGAGGCGUGUAUUAACUUUAUAAAGUGUGGAUCAUAGAAUGAGAUUUGGUUUUUAUUUGAAAAUUGAAGAGUUUGUGUUUUAUCAAAAACGUUUUUAUUAUUUUACUGGUUUUCCAUUUAAUUGCUCAUAUAAACUUUUGCAAAUGAUAAAAAGUCAAAAAAUAUUUUAAGUACUUCAGUACAGGUACUACGACAAUGAAAAUUGGUCUUAACUUCAUGAUUCAUUUAUUACAAAUCGUAAUGUUAUUUAUAAAUUUCAUCAUUACAUUGUAAUUAAAUCCUGUUUUGUAAAGAUGUCGCCUGUAAACAAAUGUACAAAAUUAAAAGUUGGGUGGUUUAAAUUUAGACAGUUUCUUUAUUUCUUGGGGGAAGGCUAGAACAGUAACAGGUAAGGCUUGGAAAGGUUGUAGGACUUCUUUAAGACAUGUAAUAUGUUUAAUUAUUGAUUUAUGAUAAUUAAUUAUUGGGUAAAAAAAUUCAAAAGCUCAAACAGUUUUAAUAGUUUACUAAUUAUCUCUUUUUUUAUGAGACUCAAAUUAUAAGAAAAACAAAAGACUGAUUUGGGACCAUUUAUACUUUUUUACAUUUACGGGUAAGUUUAUCGAGAAUUUGCAAGAACUAAUUUUAUCAUUUUAGAUAUUUUUAAUGGGGGUAUAACAGGUGUUAAUUAUUGAUCACCUGAUGUGCGAUUUAUGUUAUACGUAAUCACUUUUACGACCUUUUUUUUAAUGUUCUAUUAAUCAUUUAAAACACGUUUGAAUAUAUACAGUAAAUAAUAAUCAGUGAAAAAAUGUGUUUGUUUUGCCAAGUUUGAAACUUACAAAUUACCUAUUAAAAGGUUUUAAUUAUUAAGGUACUUUCUCUAGUCAGAAACAACAGAUUGAUAACAAUUUGAAUAUCAUAGAUUUAACAUUUUUUUUUUCGAAUAGUUUAUCGAAAGUUCUCUUAAAAACUAUAAAUGUAUUGGAGUGCUUAUAUAUAUAUAAAUAUUUUUUUUGUUACUGUUGCUUUUUCUUCCCACAUUUGUGCCUGUAAGUACCUUUCACACUCAGAACUUCACUAACAUAUAUUAUCUUUAAGUCUUGUUACUUCUAUUGUAUUUUUGUACUUCUGGACAAUCUAAAUAAAAUUGACGUUUUUCACGUAAAUGUGAA